AUGCUGUUUGCGGUGAUUGAUGGGAUUGAGUUUGUUCGCCUCGUGUACAAAACCAGGCGAGUCAGUAUAGUUUAUGUCGCGCCAGAUGGAAGUUAUUUGCGCUCUACGGGUGACGUUGGAGCGUAUCUAGAGAAAGCAGGGAUCACAAGGCCGCAGUCAGAGUUGGAUGGAACGUUCGUGUUUGAUCCUGAAGUCCCCAACGAGAACGACACGACGAGCACCAAGGACGAUUCAAGAAGCGCCAGCGACACUCCUGUGAAGGAGACGAGAGCAAAGAGGAGGAAUCUGUCUUUGAGUGAAGGAAGUCAAGGAGGUAGCGAGAAGACUGCCAAGACAGGAGAAGGCAACCUGCCCAUGGGGACUACGAGUCGUAGCAGCAGAGAAAGCAGCGCACCGGCUAACAGAACCCCUGCUGUCGAACCUGAUCAAGGAGGAGCCACGGCCCUUGGGAAGCGGCGGAAUCGAGAGAUAGCCGAAAGCCGAGCAGCAGCGUUUGCGAGAGGACAGGGGUUCAAGGAUGAUGAGGGGAGGGAUACGGAGUCGAGGAGAUCAGCCAGGGGCGGGAGGAGGGAGAGGAGGGAAGAGGUACAGAACAACGAUCAGGAGGGAGAAGCGGCGGCUCCUGAAACAACAAACCGCGAGUCCUGGCCGGGACCAUGGUCUACGGCCUCGGAGCUAUACGAGAGGCGUUCGGCUGUAGCUGAAGCCCUCAAGACGGCAAACAACCAGACAGAGAAGCUUGUCUCGUGGACCCCCAAGGCCAACAGAUGUUCCAAGGUUGUCGAGGCAGCUACGCAUAUCGAAGCCUGCCUCGAGUUUGGCCUUGGAAGUAUCUUGCCGGAGAUGAAGGCAAAAAUUUGCGAAUUGCUGGGUAAAAAGAGGAAGCUGUCUCCAGAGAUCCUUCCAAUCUUCACUGAUAAGGAGACAUCCAUUCUCGCUCUGCCGGAUUGCAGCAAGAUAGGAGAAGGAGAUCUGGAGAAAGCCUUCGAACGAUGUCAGGGUUCGGAGCUCGAGGUCUUGAAUUUGGUUUACUGCGGCCGUGCGUUGAGCGACAGAUUGCUGGAGAAAGUCUGUAAGAACUCUUUGAAUCUCCACACGCUGAUCCUCGGAGGCUGCUACAGAUUGUCGGAUGCGGGAAUUUCCAGUGCCGUCAAGGCAUUGCCAAGGCUAAGAGUUCUCGAGCUCUCCGACUGUCUUAACAUCUCCAUCUGCGCCCUCCGCUCCAUCUCCUCCCUUGCCGACACUCUGGAAUCUCUCUCUCUCAAAAACUCUUCCCAGCUCGAUGCCGAGGCCUUCUUGCAGCUUGGCGCCUUGAAGAACCUCAAGAGGCUGAACCUGUCGGGCUGCCGCGGGUUGUCAGACACGAUCGUCGAGCUUAUCGCAGACUCCUGCGGAGAAACUUUGACUGAGCUGGACCUGAGCUUUCUCCCGGACUCGGGCUUCUCAGCGGAGCCAGUCAGCUGCAAGAUGACAGAUGCCUCUUUGUCCUACCUCGGACGCAAGUGCCGCAAGUUGACGCGGCUCGUCCUCCGCAACGUCGAGACGAUCAGCGAUGAGGGAGUGAAGGAGCUGUGCCAGGGCUGUCCGCACCUGCUGGAGCUCGACUUCUCUCGCUGCAAGUGUAUCGGGGAUGAAGGAGUUCAGGCCAUCGCGUCUCGCUGCUGCUCGUUGACUCGCUUGACUCUCAACUCCGCUGGCUCCACGAUCUUGGAUGAAGAUUCUCAAGUCACAACUUACAGCAUCACCGACGCCUCGCUCCUCGCACUCCACCAGCACUCUACCAAGACUCUGGAAUACCUCGACAUGUCUUGGUGCAGAGGAAUCACCGAUGAGGGUCUGGGUAAUCUCGUUGACGAGGCCCAUAACCUGCGAGAACUUUAUCUUCGAGGAUGCGCCCAAAUCACCGACAUCUUCCUCAACGGGCACAGCAACCCGCAGGGGCAGAGGCUGGGGCAGGAGCUCAGGGACAGACAAGAAGAGUAG